AUGUCUUACCCAUCUAUUCAUAUAUACUACCUGUCCAUACUAGUCUAUAUGAUGUACCGUACCGUUUUUAUCCUGUACUUUGUCUUAUUCCUUGUCUUAUUCCUUGUCUUAUUCCUUGUCUUAUUCCUUGUCUUAUUCCUUGUCUUGUACCUUGUCUUAUUCCUUGUCUUAUUCCUUGUCUUAUUCCUUGUCUUGUACCUUGUCUUAUUCCUUGUCUUAUUCCUUGUCUUAUUCCUUGUCUUGUACCUUGUCUUAUUUCUACUCCAUUCUUAUUUCUACUCCAUUCUUAUUUCUACUCCAUUCUUAUUCCUACCCUAUUAUUUCUACUCCAUUCUUAUUUCUACUCCCAUUCCCUUACUUUAUUCCCUCUAUUACCCCCCAAUUCUCCAUACUACCCCCCCAUACACCGCAUUCAUUACCGUGCUCUAA